AGAGGAGGAGAGGAACGAGAGGAUGGACGGAGGACUGAGGGAGGGAGAGAGAAACGAAGGUUAUCGUGAUUUUACGAAUCUGUGACGAUAGUUACUCUACAUCUAGACUUUUCUAACAGUUUAAUUUCAUGAAUAUAAUUGUUUAUAUAUAAACAUAAUUUCAUAAAUUUGACUCUUUGUUUGUUCAGAAAAAGUUAAAAGUUUGAUUUCGACCAAAAGCGACAGAAGCUCGGGGCGUUUCUGUGUUUCUGCUUUCAGCUGUUUUUAUGAGAGAAAAGAAACUGACAAGAGCGCAAAUAAACACCACAGUAUGGUCCACACACACACACAAACACACACACACUGACACGCCUGGAGCAGCUCCACAGACUCUGAGUCACAGUCACACUGAUGGUGUUUGAAGGGAGACAUAUCGGCUCGAAGGACGGGGUUCACACACACACACACACGCUCACAGCAGCGGCAGCAGUCUGAGUGUGUGACGGGCCGCUCUGCCCCCUGCUGGUCAGAUUCAGGUACUGCUGCUGAGGUGGACACCAGUCUAACAGCUGGAGUUUACCUGAAACAGAAACAGAGAUCGGUAAAAACCUCGAGUUCAGAAUUCAGGGACGUUUGAGCAGAGUCUGGAUUUCGUCACUCACUGAAGGUGGAUCCUGCAGAGUUCUGGUCCGGUCCGCUCACUCUGCCCACCUCCUGAAAAAAUAGGUAAUUUUAUUAUUGAUCACCUGGUUCACACAUUUACCCGUGACACAGGCCUGUUGUUUUACUCGCCUAGUUUCUGUUUUAUGAUGUUUAUGAGAACAUCUGAACUUCACUCUAAUUUGUAGUCACUAACGCCACUGAAGGAAGUAAAUCUGGAGAAAUUAAGAGGAAAAAGUGACUCUUAGUGGACGUUUCUGUCACCAAUACUGCAUGAGGGUUAAACUGAUUAUUUUACGUCUGUUACAGAUAUUUAUAAUGAUUAAAUAUCCUCAAACUUCAUCCAAACAUAAAUAAGAUUAUUAUUGUUUUAUGUUUUUGUCUGAAAUCACAGUAAAAACUCUUUAAUCUGCAGGGAAAACAAAUAAUCUUCUGCGUUUAAAAUAUUUUCAUGUGGGUUUAAAAAGUCAGUUCUGACAUUUUUACCUCAUUUUAUAUUUUUAUUUAAACAUGAAAAUAAUUUACAAGUCAUACAUUUUUAAAAAGCACAAUUAAAUCAUCUUUAUAUUUUUACUGACUGAGUCAAAUCCUCGUUUAAAUGAUUUAAAGUGAAUUUUAUUGACCAGUUUCAGGUCCUAAUGAGUCUUUUUUCCUGUUGAUUCAUCUGCAGACAAACAUAAAAAAAUCACCUAAAAUUAUGUAAAUGAAAAAUAAAACUUAAAGAUUUUCACUUUUUUAAAUAAGAGAAAAAUCACACACAGAGUAAAUAAAACUGUAUUAAUACUUUCUAUGAUUACAUGAGAAGAAUUAAUAAUUUUUUUAACAGUUAAAUGAUUAAUGUGUUUUAAAGUCAGAACUCAAACUCACCCCUCUGAAGGCCGUCGGCUCCAUCUGUUGAAUUAUAUUUAAUUAAAAUAACAAACACUGAUUAUUAUUAUUAUUAAUAUUAUUAUUAUUAUUAAUAUUAUUCAUGGUUUGAUAAAGUGUAAGAUGAGCUGAACAGAGCGGACUGUCAGACUCGACAGACUUCUGCGAUUUUAUCUCAUCUGUGACGUUUACAAACCCCCGACAGACUCGCUCGCUCGCUCACCCUGUCAGUGACUCUCAGCCUCGGGUUCCUCCUCCGCUGUUGCUCAUUUUUGAUUUAUUGAUACUGGCUGUUUGAUACAGACACAGACUGGUCCUUAUUUUUAUUAAAAUUACAUUAUUUCACUUUAACAGAAUUACAUGAUUUUACUGUAUUUGAAACCCUCUGUAGAACUAAAGCAUGUUAAGUUUGUAUUAAAUCUUAAUUUGGCCAUCAGGGGGCAGCAGAGGGAGCUUGUAAUCACUGUGCAUUUGCAUUGCUGUCUGUAAAGUAUAUGCAGAGAGUUCCAGAGCUCUAUAAACCUUAUUAAGACCAUCAGUGAUCAGUGUUGGCGUUCCCCAAGGCUCUAUUCUCGGUCCUCCGCGUUUCCACUUUGUUGUUAUAAAAAUCUGCUAAUGUUCAACCUGAUUCACCAAAUCUUCGGAUAUUAACGACAGUCCUACGACAAAAAGACGAUCACUUUAGAUGAUCGUGUUUUAUACUCUGAGUUUUCUUCUGUAACCCCGCUGAGGUUCACUCUCUUUGACUCAAACGUUUCUGACAGCUGUGUAAGAAGCUCCACGAGGAUCCUCCCCUCUGACACCAACGCCAGAGGGCGGAGAGACAGAGGGGGAUGGAGGUCAAAGGUCAGAGAGGAAGAGGCCAAGAGGGAGACUGAGGAAAAAUACGGUCAGAGUCAUUCUCAGCUCAGAGACUCUGCAUUAUUGUCCAAAAACUGAAGACCGUGAGCAGAGGACUGAUGUGAAAAAAAAAAAAAAGGAAAGAUAUUUUUUAAGAGAAGAGAAAAAAACAUGAAACAAAACCGCACAAUGAAAUUAAAAAGGAAAAAAACAACACAAAACUCUUAAACACAAAAUUUUCCAAAAUUGUACAAAACAAGAAUGGUUUCAUUUAAAAUAAUUUUUUUGUUCUUCUAUUUUAUUUUUUUUAGAAAUAUGAAACUCGUCGGUAAAAGUAACAGACGUUACAGAUUGGAAAAAGAUUUUUAAUUUCAUACUAGUUAUUACUUAUUUCCUUAUUUUAUAAAUAUAAAUACCGUAGGUGAAUAUUACAAAUGUUACAGAUUUUUUAAGGUUCUUUGUUUUCAUAUGAGUUAGUUUUGUGUUUGUUUAUUUUUUUAUUUUUUUAUUUAUAUAUUUAUUUUCCAAUGUAUUUAUUUAUUUGUGUUGAACGUUACAGACUGUAAAAUAUUUUUGAGUUUUUUGGUUUUAUUCAAAUCAAUUUUUUGUGUUUUAAUUAAAAUAAAUAAACAUAAAAGCCUUUGGUGAAAGUUCCAGACGGGACCUUUAACGGCGGAACCUUUGUGUCCGGAAAUGUUUCCCGUUGGAGCGGAGAGAAGCAGCAGCGCAGCAUGAAAAGAUGGAAGGACUGAACGUGAUGUUUGUUUCCGCGGAAGAUUUCGUGGAUUAUAAACCGUUUAAGGCGGAAAUCCUGAGAGAGCUGGUCAUCGAGAAACUGACCACGGCGGCCCGGGAGAUCCUAGCGGUGGUGGAGAGAACCGUGUCCGGCUACGAGGAGGAGGCGGCGGGGCUGAGGCAGGAGAUCGUCCGGCAGAGGAGUCAGAUGGAGGCGGUUCUUCAGCCCCGAGAAUCCCUCUAUGAGCUCGGUGAGGAAAAAGAAACAAAAACAAAAAAACAAGAAGGAACCUGAGAGCUAUUUUUAAAAACAACAACAAAAAAAUGAGUAAAAAAAAAUGUAAAAAAACAAACUAACAAAAAAAACUUAAGAAUAAGAAAAAGGAGAAUAAAAGUGAAGAACCCUUUAAUAACUAAAACCACAAAUUAUGACCUGAAAAUUCAAUUUUUUUGGAGCUGAAAUGUUUAUUUUACUGACUACUGAAAUCCAAAAAAAAUCCAAAAAUCCUUAAAAAUUUUAACAAAUAUAUGAAAAUUUUUUUUGUUUGUUUCCUCAUUUGAUACAUUUGAUAUUUUUGGAAACUACGACGGAGUACUGGGGCCACAUUAAUAAAAAUAACAAAAUUAGACUUUGAGAUUAACGUCAUUGCUAACGGGAAUAAAGUCGUAAUAAGAUCAAAAUUUACUGGAAUAAAGUCGUGAUAAAAUCAUUACGAAAAAAAGUCGUAAUAAACUCAUUCCAUACAAGAAUAAAUUUGUAAUAAAAUCAUUAUGUACGAUAAUAAAGUCGAAAUAAAAUAACUUCUUAAGAGAAUAAAGUCGUAAUAAAUCAUUAUUUACGGGAAUAAAAUCGUAAGAAAAUCAUUACUUAGGAGAAUAAAGUCCUUAAAAAAUCUUUAAUAACUAGAAUUAAGUUUUAAUAAAAUCAUUUCUUACUAAAUUAAUGUCGUAAUAAAGUUAAUUCCUUACGUAAAUAAAGUCGUAGCUAAUAUUCUAACCCGUUGUUCGUUGUUGAAAUUCGAUUAAUUGAACUUCAGUAUUACGGUUUCACAAUCAAGGAGAUAAUAAAUCCUUCUGCGUUUCAGCGUCACAUCGUCAGAAAUAUCGGGAUAAAUGAAGAAAUGCAUCUUUUUUUAAAAUUCUCGUUAGUUCUGAUUUUAUUACGACUUUAUUCUCGUUAGUAAUUACGAAGUCUUAAUUGUUUUUUCCUUAAUGUGGCCCUAAAACUCUGUCGUAGGAAACUGAUAAACCAUAAGAGGACAUUUUUAUCGUUUAUCCGACUGUAUUCAGUUUUUUUUUUUAGUAAUUUAUUGAUCAUAUUGAUUAGAUAGAAGUUUAUAAAGUUUGAAUCAAAUAUGAUACAACAGGGAUUAUUUAUGAUUAUUCUCAUUUCUUCUCUCUGUUGUUCAGACGAUGAAGACUUGGACAUCUGUGACAUCUCAGUCAACGCCGAUGAAGACGAGAGCGACAACAUGGAGGGAGAGGAGCAGUCCGUCGGAGAGGAGGACCAGAAGGUCACCAGUCCGGGUUACACUUACCCCAGAGACCCGGAUUAUCAGAUACCAAAGAAAAGGUUCGAACACCUCUAGAUAGGAGCUUCUGUACGGUGGCCGAGAACAGCCACUGCUGCACAUAAAAAAAAAGAAUGCUAAAAAAAGAAACCGAAGCCUGCUGCAAAUAAAAACAGAGACAGUGCAGAUUAGGGAAAAAAAAACAUAUUGGAAGUUACCAAUGCAAAAAAAAAAAAAAAAAAGAGGAAACCAAAGCCUGUUGCCAAAAAAAAAAAAGCCACAACGGAAGUUAACUAUGCAAAAAAAAAAAAGUGGUUAUGGAAAAAAAAAGUUUUUUAUUUUCACUGUUCCUUUUUUUUUCAUCAGUAACGUCCGUUAUGGCUUCUUUUUUUUUUGCAUUCUUUUUUAUUAGCAUGUUUUUAUUUUUUUUUUCCAUAGCCACUUUUUUUGUGUUGUUAACUCCCGUUGUGUUUUUUUUUUUUAUCUGCACCAUUUCUUUUUUUUUCCCAUCAGUAAUUUAAAUUGUGGCUUUUUUUUUGCAUUCUUUUGUAAUUACCUGUUUUUUUUAGAUUGCCACUUUUUUGCGUCGUUAACUUCCGUUGUGGUUCCUUUUUACAUUCUUUUUUAUUUGCAUCUUUCUAUUUUCGCACUAGGUAACUUUUUCUUUGCAUUGCCCCUUUUUUUGCUUUGUUAACAUCUGUUGUGUUUUUAAAGAAAAUUUUUUAAUCUUCACUGUUUCUUUUUUUUCAUCGGUAACUUCAGUUGUGGCUCAUUUUCUUUUUUUCUUUUUUUUUCUUUGCAAUAGAGGCUGUUCUCUGUCGUCGUUUUGUUUUUGUCGACCUGUUUCAAUUUUAAUUUCAGUCUUUGCGUUAAAUAUUUCGUUAUCGUCAGAAGACCUCUGUUUACGUUCCGUCUCGACUCGUUUUCGUCACGUGAUAAAGGUUCGUUGACGACGAUAUUUCAUUGAUGAAAACAACACUUCUCUGUCGGAUCAUUUCUUGAUUUUUCUGUUCGACGACGUCAGGUCCACGCUGACGGUCGUUUCUUCUCGUUGAUCUGAUUCGGUCUCACGGUCUCGGUGGAGGAUCUUACUCUCUCUCUGGUUUUGUUUUCUCCUCGCAGAAGUUCGUCGAUGAAGAAGAAGCGCAGAAAGAACGAGGACAUCAGCCUGAGAGUCUGUCUGCUCCAGGACUCCAACACCACCAUCCUGAAGAGAGGCGGUAAGAACAUCAGGAACGUCGGGAACGUCAGGAGCUGAGGUCUGACGGAGCGAUUUAACGACGUCUGUUUUUUGGUUUUAGUGUCCAAGUCGGAGAUCCUGGAAGUGCGGUGUCCUCGUGGUCUUCAGGAGCCCGAGUUCCUGGACCUGCUGAGGUCCUUCUUCCCUCAGCUGAUGGGACAGUUCGACGCUCUCACCACGGACACCUCCAGGGUUCUGAAACCCCUGAACCUGAAGACCCUGACGCCUGAGAAGAUCCAGAGGGCCAUCCAGUCCAGAGGGAAAGGAAGAUCAGCUCUGUACAUCCGGAUCAAGGUAGAUCAGCAGAAGUUUGAGUCUUCUGGUCUCCAUGGAAACAGCAGUCUAACCUCUGAACGAUUUCAGGACGGGACUGAACCCCAGAGCACGCCGUUGAAAACCGACGACCCAGAACCCGGUGAAGCUCAGGCCGGCGUGAGGUGAGUCAGUUUCUCUCUGUCAGAAGAUGCUCAGAUGUUCCUCCACAAUCAGGAAACUGCUUCUCUCUCUCUCCAGCUCUGGCAGCAGUCCUGUAGAAGAAGAAGAAGAAGAAGAGGAGGAGGAGAAACCUCAUCGAGGUCAGGAGACAGAGGAGGAACACGGCGGAAGAUCUGGAGACAUCAGAGCCGCCGAUUCUGAUGGAGACGAUGGAGAUGAUGGAGACAAGGGUCUCGUUGAGUCCGAUCUUCUGUACGAAAACGCCGAAACAAAGGAGGCCACUGAUCUCCAUGAAGACCCUGGAGCUCCUUCUCCAAGCUCCGUCUCUGUCAGCGUCAGCGUGAGUGAAGAAAGCGAGGAAGAAGAUAAAGACGAAGAGUGGACGCCGGAGGAGAUGCAGAAUCUGAUCAAUAAACCUCAUUCCUCAAAGAUGAGACAGAUGAACCGCUCUGGAGUCCAGAUGAAGAAGAAGAAGAAGAAGGAGAUGGAGGAGGAGGAGGAGGAGCUCCAGUCUCCGUCUGAGGUCUCCACCGUGGAGAGUGGAGCUCCUCUGUCCUGUAAGGUCUGCAAAGCUCUGAAGACCUCCAAGAACAUGUUGAUCAAACACUCCUGGAGUCACGUGGACGACCCUGAAGGUCUCUGCGGCGUCUGUGGAGAACAUUCCGAGUCUCCAGAGGAGCUGAGGAGUCAUCUGAACGCCCACAGGAGAACAUUCAGCUGCAUCGUCUGUGGGAAGACCUUCCUGUCUCUGGUGGGUCUUCAGAGACACACUCCUCUCCACUCCGGAGAACGCCCCUUCAAAUGCGAGGUGUGCGGGAAAGCGUACGCCUCCGAGAACACGCUGAAGAGUCAUCGAUGGGAACACGUGAGGGACAAACCCUUCAAAUGUGACGUCUGUCAGAAAUCCUUCGCCUUCAAACUGCAGCUGAGGAUCCACUGCAGGACCCACUCCGACAAGAAACCCUACACCUGCGACAAGUGCGGGAAGUCCGUCUCCGACCUGCAGUCUCUCUACCGACACAACAUGAUCCACUCCGGCGAGAAACACUUUGGCUGCGGCGUUUGCGGCAAACGUUUCGUAAGUCCCACCGGUCUCCGGCAACACGAGAAGAUCCACACGGUCCGGGACAAAACCUACCUCUGCGAGAUCUGCUGCAAGUCCUUCCACAAGCAGGGCCAGCUGAAGGUCCACAUGACCUCCCACGGCGAGAAGAAGUUCAUCUGCGACAUCUGCGGGAAGGCGGUGUCGGCGAAGAGUCGGCUGAAAGCGCACAUGAGGAUCCACACCGGGGAGAAACCGUACGUCUGCUUGGAGUGCGGGCGGAGGUUCAACAGCUGCAGCCACCUGAGGGAACACCGGACGUCCCACUCAGGUCUGAAACCGUACCUCUGUACCGUCUGUGGGAAGGCCUGGGCCUGCAGGAAACACCUGGUGGUCCACAUGAGGAUCCACAGCGGAGAGAGACCCUACAAGUGCACCAUCUGUGACCGCGCCUUCACCCAAGGACACUGUCUGAAGACCCACAUGAAGAGCCACCAGGUGGAGGAGAAGCCGCCGGCGGUGGGGGGGCAGAUGGACUGAUCCCUCAGAGGGGUGUGUGGGGGGUCCUCACAUGAACAUUAAAGAGGUGGAGACGAUGAUGAUGAUGAUGAUGAUGAUGAAGAUGUAAAUCUGUCUAUUAUGGGUGGGGGUGGACGUGUAAUCUCGAGGUGUUAGCGUUAGAGAAGAAACCGUCGAACUUUGAGACGCUGAUAAAAAAAAAAUGUUUUGUUUUUUUGGUUGUUAAAAAUUUUAUAUAAACCUGUGAAAAAAAACAACUUAAAAGUGUUUAAUCAUGUUUGUACGACGGAGUGUCAGCGCUACGUUAAGAUUAAAAAAAUUAUGAAGACUUUAAGAUAAAAGUCUUUACUAACAAGAAUAAAAUCGGUGUAAAAUCAUUAUUUAUGUACGACAGAGUAUCAGAGUCCCGCUAACAAAACAAUAAUUAAAACUUCGGGAUUAAAAUCAAAACUAACGAGAAUAAAGUCGAAAUAAAACUAUUUUGAGAAUCAGGAAAAUCACUUCUUACGUACGACGUAGUAUUUGGGCCACAUUAAGAUAAAAAAAACUCAGGACUUUGUAAUUAUUUACGAGAAUAAAGUCUUAAUAAAAUCAUUUACGAGAAUAAAAU